CCCGCCUUCCUCUGCUUCUGCGGCGGCUCGGCUCGGCUCGGCUUCCUGCUCCGUCGCCGGCGGGCGGGCCGGGGCAGCCUGCGCGGCGCGGCGCGGCCGCCGAGGGGACGCGGGGACGGUGCGCGACGUGCCCGUGCCGGUACAGCCCAGGUGGCUAUUUUUAAUGCAGUAGUGUCAUCAGCUGGCUGAAGACUUAAACAUGAGAAUAGCAGGUGCUGCAAAGUUGGUAGUAGUCGUGGCAAUUUUUUUAUUGACAUUUUAUGUCAUAUCUCAAGUGUUUGAAAUAAAAAUGGAUGCAAACUUAGGACACAUAUUUGCUAGAUCAGCACUGGAUGCAGCUGCACGCUCUACAAAACCUCCAAGAUACAAAUGUGGGAUCUCUAAAGCUUGUCCUGAAAAGCAUUUUGCAUUCAAAAUGGCAAGUGGAGCAGCAAAUGUAGUUGGACCUAAAAUUUGUGUAGAAGAUAAUGUUUUAAUGAGUGGAGUUAAAAAUAAUGUUGGCAGAGGAAUCAAUGUGGCUUUGGUCAAUGGUAAAACGGGAGAACCAUUAGACACUAAAUUCUUUGACAUGUGGGGAGGAGAUGUGGCACCAUUUAUUGAAUUUCUGAAGUCCAUCCAGGAUGGAACGAUAGUGUUAAUGGGAACAUAUGAUGAUGGUGCAACCAAGCUUAAUGAGGAAGCACGGAAGCUGAUCGCUGAAUUAGGAAGCACAUCUAUUACUAACCUUGGCUUUAGAGACAACUGGGUCUUCUGUGGUGGAAAAGGAAUUAAGACUAAAAGUCCAUUUGAACAGCAUAUAAAGAACAACAAGGACACAAACAAGUAUGAAGGCUGGCCAGAAGUUGUGGAGAUGGAAGGCUGUAUCCCUCAGAAGCAAGACUAAAUGAAAACAAAAAGAAAGGAGAAAGAAUAUGGAAAAAAAUGCACUUUCUGCUAUUAUUAGGGAGAGGGCUAUGAAGGAGACUGUACUGUAAAUAAUAUUUUUAAAGCAUGCAACCAUCUUGUCGGUGUGUGCAUGAGCACUGACAUUUUGAAUAUUGGAAUUAUUUAUUGCUAACACACCUAGAAAUUCUUUUUGUAAAUAUGUCCAAAAGAAAAGAAACAUCAAAUCAUUUCUAUGCAGGUUUCUUAAAAGCACAGUAUUUAGUUUGCCUGUGGUAAAUAAUAUCUUGUAGAUCAACUGGCUAAUAAAUUGCAUAUGUGGAUAAUAAACAGAUCCUGACAAAUGUUGUACUGUCCUCUUAACAGCGUAAUGUUGCUGUGAGUAUGUAACCUUUGUGGAAUAUUGUAGAUUUUAGUGAUAAGUUAAUAAAGAGCUUUAAUUUUUUUUUUAUCCUCUGCCUUUUUAAUGGCAGCAUCACUUUUUAUUAAAGCUGUUUGGUUAUUCUAAUACCAAGUGCUCCAGAAAUUUAUUUUGUAGUCCCCCAUCAAAACUGAGUAAUCAGCAAAGGAAGAAUACAUGAUAGUGUAACACAGAUAUGCCACGAGAAGCACAAUAGAAAUUAUUUUUAUUAGGGGAAGAACAAAAGUAAAUAUAUAAAUAGUGUGCAUGAUAUAUAAAAGCAGCUUGGAGGGAUUUGUACUUAACUUGAAAGUAAUGUUUACUUUGUACAAGAGACUUGGCAUGUUAAGCAGCAGUACUGUGGCUAACUUGUUUGGGUUUUAUUGCAAUUCUUGUACUGCUGCUUAGCCUUUGAUUCUACCCAUGGCUCUUCAGCUGUAGUGGCUAGUCACACAGUAAAUGUGCAUAAUGGAAGAGCUUCCUCUUUUAGUUCUAACCUCAGGAAUAAAUUUCCCAUCACCAAGAGCCUGUUAGAAAGCAGUCUGCCUUCUAGUGAGAGUUGUUUCAGCUUACACAAUUGUGCACAUUUACUACCUGUGUUACAUCUAAUGUGAGCUGAGGCAAUUUGUUCUUACGGUGAGAUGUUAGAGAAAGCAUUGUAUCUUGGAUUAUGCAUUGUGUGACAUUUAAGCUUAACGGACAAUGUUUCCUUCAUCCUUUUUUUUUAAUGGAAAAAAAUGGACCAACUUGAAGUGGCCUUACUCUUUAGCUUGUAUCAGAGCUGUGAGAAAACAUUGCUUUCUUUGGAAACUUCUGUUUCUUUUAAGUAGGGCCAGCUUGAACUUUUGCUGAAACUAAGUUAAUAUGGUAUAACUGAUGGUGUCCGUAUUCAGAAAAUAGGGGCUGACACAGAAUUGGGUGUAAUCUCUUGGAGCUUUAUGUCAUGAGUUCUGGUAUAAUCUUCAAAAACUUCUAGCUAGUACCAUGGGGCAAAAGCCACAAAUGAUUUUUCAGGAAUCCACGGUGUGAGUUUAACACAGUGGCACUCAAAGUACUAUUAUUGUUGAUGUCUUCCAAGACAGAUUUAAUUCUGUGCACUAAAAGUUUCAAGCAAUAUUGGGAAUUGCCUUGUAAGUCAAAUAAAUAACCUGUGAUACCAGAGUAAGACUGGAUUGAGUUGUUCUGUACAUUUAAGUAGCCUGUUAAAUAAUGUGGUUUUCCCUCAAGUUUAAUGUUAGAACAGCAAUAAAUGCACCUUAUACAGUGAAAA